GUAUGUUUUAUGCAUCAAAUUAAUUUAAAUCAUAAGUUCAAAAUAGAUUUUUUAAUAUAUUUUUUCUCUAAUUUCAGAUAGCCCCGUUGACAAUGAAACAACAGAGAUCCCACCAAUUCCAACCUACCUUGGCCAGGUUGAUGGGAAAGGUUACUACUAUAACAGCUCCUUGCAAAUGAACUGGGAUUCUGCGUCCCACUACUGUGGCAAGUUUGGUUGGAGGCUUGCCGAAAUCAAGACACAAGCCCAGCAGGACCUUUUCAAGUCAAAGACAGAAAGUGGCGAAUUAUGGGGAGGAUUUUGGCUUGGCGCCAGGGAUUCGACAUCCAUCAGCCAAGUCACCUGGGAAGGACAUGAUUGGCCGGAAGAUAUCAAAUUGCAAAAUUUUGGACAGCAAAUGUAUUUCAGUACACCAUUGACAUGUUUAUACUUGUCAGCUUGGUCUUCUUCCUCAUGGGCUACGAUCCAAUGCUCCUUCGAAUGGUUUUCUCCAAUGUGCGAAACCAUUCCAAAAAUAAAUUACUACAGGUUUUAAUUGCGAUGCUAAAUAUUUUAUUAAAAUAAAAAUUGGGUUUAAUUAAGCAUUUAAACUGUA